GAAUGUAAAAAGCAAACAAAAUCCGUCGCUAUGGAGAUUCGACAACGUGCUACCAGCGCUGGGAAAAGCACGGCAGGCGCAACAAUCACAGCCAUGCUGGUACUGCUAGUAGUGAAAGAUGUCGAUUCCGUACACAUAACGCAUCUUUCCGUGCCGCGGGUGCACGUGUUAGAUAAUUACCAUCACCAGCGGCACGAUCAGCACCACUAUUACGCCCAAAGCCAGCUAAAGGCUCGCGAUGACCCGGACAUACCGUUUGAUCCGGCGGAACCGGACCCACUGUCACUGGAGCUCCGCGGGCCCGAUCCGGCCGAACAUCUCGUGCUGGACUGUGAGUACGUCAUCGAACCGCACGAGACGGGGUUCGUGCUGAAGUGGCUGCACAACGACGUACCGAUCUACCAGUGGAUUCCACCGCACCGCAGCCCGUCCAGCUUGAAUCGCAUGCGGGACCACGUCAACCGGACGUUCACCGUGGGUAACGAGGCGAUGCACAAGCAUCGGGCGUUGGCACUGAUGCAUCCGAGCCAGGACUUUGCCGGCAAGUACAGCUGCUCCGUGCAGACGUUCCAAUCGUUCGACAUCAAGUCUGCCGAUCUGUUCAUCAUCGUUCCCGAGUACGGGUUUGUGCUGAAGAACUAUCAAAACUUAAACGACCUGGUGACGGUCAUCUGUAGCGUGUACGGUGUUUUCCCAGCGCCCGAGCUGUCACUGUGGAUCAACGACUACAGGCUGGAGAACGGAACCGUCAACGAGAUCCCGGUGGCCGAGGGUCUGUACGAUAGCUCCGUCACCGUCCAGUUGGUGCUGUACGAGUCGCUACAGCCGGACGAUGUGAUCAGAUGCACGCUCACCAUCCCCGGGACGGAGUAUCGACGGACGAAGGAGACCGUGUUUGUAGUUGUAAAUAACAGACCGUUCGGGGAGUCUAACUCCAUCCUGGACCCGUUCGGGACGGUGUCCUACAGCAGCACGGCCAAGGUGCCGGUGUCACCGUUGACCGGCAGCAAUCCAGCGCCAACCUCGACCGAUGCAGCGACCACACCGGAAGCAUCAACCAGCACGAAAGUGACGGUGAGCCAACGGCCAAGCUCGUCCGCAGUUGCGGGUACCGCCAGCCCGAAAGACACCGGCGUCCGGCCACAGAUUCCGUCCGUCAUACGGUUGCGGCCGACGGCCAGCUCGACCCGUGUGCUCACCGUGCAGCAGUCCAACUCGGUCGACUCGGACGAGAUAAUGAAUGUGUUGGACUUCAAGGAGCUGCUUAACGAGAACUUGCUCUACAACAAUGGUGCCGACCGGUUAGAACUUCACCGGUUGCGGUCUGUGGUUUUGGUUUUAAGCAUACCGUUGCUGCUUACUGGCCACCUAAUGGUAAUGCUACGACGAUGGCAGAUGCAUGGUUCGUAA